AUAGGAAAGACUUUCGAGUAUUUAUACCAAAUAAAUAUAAUAAUGAAAUUUGAAAAUUGGGUAUUAAAAAUUUAUCUUCUAGAGUCAGAAGAUUUCCUUGCACAGAACCAUCGAUGCUUUGCUUUACAAGGAAAAUGAGGUGAUUGGUUAUUAUUAUAUCAUAAACUUUUAUUUUUAUAUUCCUUCGAAACCGAGUAGAAAUUUUAACUACCGAUCCUUCCCUUUCUCAUUAAAUUGAGUCUACAAGAAACCCUCUCUCUAUAUAUAACCAACUUGGUGCUAGAAGAUUUAGCACAUACCUUGAAAAGAAAACAAAAAAACAAAAUGGCUCCUAAGAAGUACAGUUGGAAAUUCUUGUUUCUUGGAUGUCUCAGGAAUCAAUUUCCACUUCCAGAGCCAAAGGUUCAUGUCUCCCAUCGAAUUACAUCUCAAAGACUAUCUCUUACAGACUUGAGCAAUCCUGGUUCGCCAUUAUCUGUUAGUGAUUUGUCAAGUUCUAUCUUUAAUCUCCAUGUUUUCACACUCAAAGAGCUAAAAACUGCAACACAGAACCUCUCCAAGAGUAACUACCUUGGUGAAGGUGGAUUUGGAGCUGUGUAUAAAGGAUUCAUUACUGACAAGCUCAGGCCUGGAUUAAAGGCUCAAUCUGUUGCUGUUAAGGCCUUGGAUUUAGAUGGCUCUCAGGGACACAGAGAGUGGCUGGCUGAAGUAAUCUUUCUUGGGCAAUUAAAACAUCCCCAUCUUGUGAACUUGAUUGGCUACUGCUGCGAGGAUGAGCACAGGCUUCUUGUUUACGAAUACAUGGAGAGAGGCAACUUAGAGAACCUACUAUUUAAAAGGUACUCUGCAGCUUUGCCUUGGUUAACAAGACUAAAAAUUGCACUUGGAGCAGCAAAAGGCCUUGCCUUCCUCCAUGAAGAAGAGAAGCCAGUUAUAUACCGAGAUUUUAAGGCUUCAAACGUGCUAUUAGACGCGGACUUUAAUGCAAAGCUUUCAGAUUUUGGGUUAGCAACAGAUGGUCCACAAGGAGAUGAAUCGCACAUUUCAACGCGUGUUAUGGGCACGGAAGGCUACGCUGCUCCUGAAUACAUAAUGACAGGGCACUUGACAGCUAUGAGUGACGUGUUCAGUUUCGGAGUAGUACUGCUAGAGCUGUUAACGGGUAGGCGAUCCGUGGACAAGAAUCGUCCAUCUAGGGAGCAGAAUUUGGUAAAAUGGGCGAGACCCUUGUUGAAAGAUCACCACAAACUUGACCUAAUAAUGGACCCAAGACUAGAAGGGCAGUAUUCAACUGAAGGUGCAAGAAAGGCAGCAGCAUUGGCUUACCAAUGCUUGAGCCAUCAUUGCAAGUCUAGACCAAGUAUGACCAGUGUGGUCAAGACCUUGGAGUCUUUGCUAGAGUUGAAUGACAUACCAAUGGGAACUUUUGUAUACAUUGUUCCAAGUGAAGGCAAGAAAGAAAUUGAUGAACAAGAGAAGGAAAAACAAAGUGAAAUUGAAUGUAAAAUUGAGAACGAAGAUGGAAAGAACUGCGAAGUAAAGCCACUGGAUAUGAAAGAAAAGAGUCGCCACCGGUACCAAAAGGGUCGCAGGCAUAGACGAAGGAUUAAGUCAUUAAGGUCCAGAGCUGUGCAUUCUGAUACUGCUCUCUAUAAGACUUUGGGUACCAGUUUGUAUUCUCCUGAGCAGUAGACCAAAUUGACUGAAGUGGAGAUAUUGUACAUUAGGUUACCUUGUUCUUUUUUGCUUUUUUCUUUUCAGAUAGUUUCUUACCAUUUUCACUUCACAUAUAAACCGUAUUGUAAUUGUUACAGGCAAGUUACUGCAAUAAUUCUUUUAUUUUACCUA